AUUAAAUUUGCGUUCGUCAUGAGAUUCACCUAUACGUCUAAACAAAUGAUUUAUAUGGGUGCGUUCGUGUAGCAUGCUUAUACGGUGCUUAUGAACGGUUCGUUUAGACAUUUUGGUAAAUAACACUGCUAGGUGGAUCUCAAGACGAACGCAAAUAUAAGCAUAUAGAUUGUACGAUCAUCGCAGUUAUCAGCUGUUAAUUGUUUUCAUUAGGUACUAUAAUUAUUGUAUCGACUAACGAUGUUAUUUGAAAAAUUGUUAAAGUGUUAUGCGUUUCAAACAUUUUUAUUUCUAUACAUUUAUAUAAAUCGUGGUCUAAACGGCGUGGUCGUGUUCUACGAAUAAUAACAAAUUUAUUAUUAGGCGAAAAUAUAGUCAGAGAGUUAUCACUUAUUUCGGUGUAUCUAUUAUCAUUUGAUUAGCUGGUGAGCGUUUGCUGCCCAACCCCGGUGGGAUAAGCGUUUGUGAGUGCGGAUCGAUGACGUAACGCUCAGAUUCAGUGACGGCAAAGUUGUAGCCUGAGCGCUAUCAAGUGCCAAACCGAACGGUGCGGUGGCGCUGUUAAGCGUUUGAGCGAGCUACACGAACGUACCCCAUAAACAAUACACCAUGAUACACCGCCAUAUUCAAGCAAUCGUGAAUACAAUAUGUUGGCUCAUCCGUGUCUUUAAUAUCUACGAUUGUGUAGCGGUUUUUUGUCGGGUGGCAUUUCAUCGGAUUCCGAUCGCGUGACUUUAUGUCGGGUGGUUAUUUGUUGAAAGGCUUUUCGUCGUGGAUUCGGCCAGUCGGUAACAUAAGGUCUAUGAUCGUAAUCAUUGGAUUAUGAUGAUCACGGUUGUCAGACAACCGUAGACACAACGAGUAUGACGUCGACGUUCGACCGUUAUCAUAUUUCCGUUAUCACAAAAUAACUUACAAGCUACAACAACGAACAACUACACCGUUUCGUGGUGAAAAGUGGAAAUGACGACUGCAAUUCGCAUACGCGAACACGAUACACCCAAAACUUGUCGAAUUCUCUUUCGAAGGGUCGACGCUUAAUUAUUUUAAACAAAAAUAUUAUCGUUUGAAUACUAUGUAGUUACCUACUGAACGCAAUUGUUUUUAAACAAUCUCUGAUAAUAACAAAAUAUACUGCCUCCAUUCUUAUAUAACGUCCUGAUAAAUGGUAAACUUUUUUAUAAAAUUAAAAUACUGUUAGAAAUGUACAUUUUUGUAUUUAUUUUUUUUGCCAGGAUCCACAUCCGCUAAUUGAUGAUACUAUCCCUUUCGGAGAGGAGAUUUCACAGAAUCCUGGAAAAUUACCGUAAGUCAAAUCUUUCGAAUAGGUAAAUACCUGUUUACAAUGAUUAAUAUAAUGGUAAAUAUACUUAAGCUACAAAUACAUUUAGGUACUCAUUUUGUCAUCAGGUUGCUAAACCAGAAUCGUUCCAGAUUUUUUUAUCAGUUAAAUUAUAAUUAAGAUUAGGAAUAUUAAAUAAAAUUGUUGAAAUAAUGUGUAGUGAUUUUAAACGUGUUACAUACUGAUUUUAGUUAAGCAACCUGUACAUUUGUUGCUAAAACAAUGUCUGGCAAGUCACAUUGUAAAAUUCAUUCAAGCUCAAUUGUACACUAAUAUACUUGCUUAAAUUGUCAUAAUAAUAUUAAGUAUACACUAUCUAGAUAUAUUGUAUUGUUACUUAUUGUGUUCUAAAAAUUAUUAACUUGGAAUCGGUGUAGGAAAUUAUAGUUUUCAUCAAGUAAAAAUGUUUAAAUAUCUUAAGGCUAGUUUAAACUAAUAUAAUAACAUGCACUUAAUUUUAUUCAAAUUGAUAAUUCCUGUUACAAACAGAGGUAAAAUAUCUUAGUCUCUUGGACUUUUCUUAAAAAGUUGUCGCCUUGGACUGAGUGAAUGAUGACUUCAUCAGGUGUGUCAGGGUAGUAGCAAUAGAUAAUAAUGUAGACAGAAAUAGAUAGAGGAGUGAAAUUGAGUCAGAAAGUUUCCUAUAAGAAUUGUGAAAGUUUAAAAGAAGAAACAGUGUUGGUAUUAAAUACAAAUAUUUUGAACUAUUCUGCAUAAAUAAUAGAUUGGUGAAUAUUGUGUACAAUCAUGAAUAUUAUAUUAGGAACUAACUUUAAUUAUGUUUUUUACUGAAACUAUAAUUUAAAACAACUAUUCGAUUUUUAGAUUUUUUUGUAUUGGUUUUACAAUGAUGUUUAUUUUUUCUGUGAACAGCAAGAAGUUUUGCUCCAAUUUUCAAGUGUAACACUUUUUCUAAAAGAAAAUUUAACUGGGAUGGAUACUUUAGGGAGGUCAUUUUUGAUUUUCCAAGGAUUUUUGUAAUAAAUAGGAAAAACGGGAAAAUUUUUGAAAUCGUAAAUAUUACGGCCUCUCAAAACAUUUAUAACCAAACUCCGCUCAUAAUUGAUUUUCAUUAGCAAUAAUACGUUUUUGUGAACAGAUAUACAUUAAAUUUCCCCUCUACCUCAUAACUUUUCACCUACAAUAGUGGCCCACCCAUUUUGCAAAAUACGUCUGUUUGUUUUUCUUUUUAUUUAUCUAUAAAUGAUUAACUAAAUUGUUAGAAUAUUUUGAUAAAAUUAACAUUUUAUUUUUUCCAUGAUUUGUUAAUUAAUUACUUAUGUAUAUUUAAUUUCAGGCACCCAUACGUCACUUUUUUUCACUUAUUCUUCAGAGUGUCUGCUCUCGUAAUCUAUUUUUUUGGUGGAAUAUUUACUCAAAGCUUCAUCACAUUAUUUGUUCUCAUAAUUUUGUUACUAUCAAUGGACUUUUGGACUGUAAAAAAUAUAACAGGUUAGUUUUUAUUAUAUUUUAUAAGCGUCAAAUAUACCUAUUAUUAUAUAUAUAUAUAUAUAUAUGUUAUUAUUUUUAACAAUGCCUCAUUAAUUAUUCUAAUUUUUAUAGGUCGUAUUAUGGUCGGUCUGAGAUGGUGGAAUUAUGUUGAUGAUGAUGGUGUUUCACAUUGGGUAUAUGAAUCACGAAAGGUGAAUUUUUGGUGUCUUCUACUUUAUAUUAAUUCUCAUAACUUUAACCGUCACCUCGUAACACUUAUGCAAAAUGUAUUUUAUGGUUAACAUAAGGUUUUUAAAUUUUUACCAAAAAUAAAAAACUACAUUUUAAUAAAAUUAAAAUUCUAUAGAAAAUUAAAUUUUUUUAAAUCCAACAGUUAAAUACUUUUCUAAUUUUCAAAUCAAAUUUCUCAUAUAAAAUAUAAAAAAAACAUUUUUUAUAUUGAGCAUUGUAAAAAGUGCUAAUACUUAGUUUUUAAAUUUAAUUUCUAAUGAAUAUAAUUUGAGACAGAAAAUAUAUAAUAGUAAUAUAAUACCCUUUAAACAAUUUCCUAUAUUAUUUGGUUUUUGAACUUAAAUUAAUUUUCUAAACAGUUAUUUUUAAUUUUGUAGUUUUAUAUCUUAAAAGUAGUAAACUAAGUUAGAAAAAAGUUUAACUAUGAAAAAAAUACAAUUAAAAUGUUUUUUUUUUUUUGUGAUAUUUUAUAGCAGCAAUAUGCGUAUCAAUUAUAAAUAGUUGUAUUUUCCUAGGGGCUUUUGAUCAUUCAAAUCAUAUUUUGUGUUGUGCUUAUAUUUUUUUCACAAAAUGUUAGCUGUCAAAUUAGAUUUCAGUUCACUAUAGUAUUAAUAAUAAUUGAAAAAAAGAGCUCUGAUACUGCUGAUGCGUCACUAUUGUUGGUGGGAAGUCGGGAAGGUAGGAUUAACCUAUUUAAUUUGAAUCUAUAAAGAACAAUAGACUAUUUCUAAUGAAAAACGAUUCUGAAUAAACAUUCGUUUACACAUAAUUUGUAAGGUUAUACUUUACAAUUUUUUUUAAAAUGUGAUUCUUGGAACAAUUAUAAAUAAAAACACAUUACACACUUUUUUUUGAAAACUAAAAAUGAAACUACUGCUAAAAUUUAAAUUUGUAUGCAUUUCUAUUUGGUUAAACAAUUAUAUUCACUUAAAAAUAUGUAAACAUAUAAUUCUUAUAAAUAAUGCAAAAAUCUCCAAAAUAUUUUGAAAAUUAUACCACAUUUAGAAAAAAAUUGUCAAAAUUUCAAUUCUCCAGAAACAUUUUAACUGAAUUACAAUAAAAUACAUAAUUAAAAAAAAAAAAUAAAACCAUUAUUUCCAUAAACUUUCAUUUUCUUUCUACAUUUUUCUUUGGUUUUGUUCAGUUAUUUGAUUUUCUUAGUAAUUUUUUUAAUAACAAAUGUUUCACUCACCAACUAGAUUCAAAGUUCAACAAAAAAGGUAUCUUGUGAUUUUUUAAUGGAAUCAAGAUUUUUGGUAGAAAAAAUAAUUUGUACAAUUUUAAAAUAAUGAAAUUAAAUAUAUAAAAAUUAAAUAAUAAAAAAUGUACAUACAAAAAUAACAAAAAUGAAUAAUCGCGUCUGGAGUAUUCUUGGUUUAUAAUACAUUUAUCAUAUUACUCCAGGCGACGCAUUUAUUCAUUUAUAUAUUUAUUUACGAGUGUUGACCAUUAAAAUAAUUUUGUUUGUUUUAUUUUUAUUGUCUUUUCCUAGUUAUUAUGAAAACUGCUGGGAAAAUCAAAAAAUGACUUAAUUUGUGAUCCAAAAUGUAACAAAAAUGAGCUCUUCGUUUUUUUUUUUUUUAUUAAAGCAAUUUUCAUUUCUUCAAAAAUUAAAAAAAAACAACAAAAUUGGUAAUAAUGGAAUAAGCUGUAAAUAUUUGCCAUUUUCCCCCAUUAUUAUAAAAAUCUCUUUAAAAAUCAAAAUAUUAUCUUAUUAAACAAAUUAUAUAAAAUUUUUUUUUAGAAAAUGUGCUACACUUGAUACAUCCAAGCAAGUUAUUUAUUUGAAAAGUGGUUCACAGACACAAAACAUUAAAAAAAUUACAAAAAACAACCAAUCAUAGUGAAACCAAUAGAUCCUUCGCUACAUUCUAAAUCUAAAAGAUUAGUUUAAAAAUAAACAAAUUUACUCCCCAGUUAUUAUAUUAAUAUACUAGUUAUCCCUGCCAUGUGUUGCUGUGGCUCUGAUUUUGGUAAAUAAAGUUAUGAGAAUAUAUUGUAGGUACCUACUUAAAUUUAAUGAAGCGGUAUUUUUUACUGUACUUGUUAUUUUUGCACAUGCCAAUUUUUAUUUUUAUUUUUCUUCCAUAUUUAUUUUCGGUUUUGAUUGUCAGAAUUUAAUGAAAACAAAUAGGUGGAAAGUGGGUAGUCUACCAUCGGCGAACUAAAAGUGUACUAUUAUGAAAUUUUUUUAUAAUUUUCAUAUCAAAAAUAUCUCAACACAAUUUUUUUUGAAGAGGGUGAGGUUGGAUUUCAAAGGAAGAGAAGUCUAACUUAUUAUAAAAUAGGGAAGUCUGACAGUAGGAGAGCGCAUGUACCAUAUUAUAGUUGCCACUCGCAGGUGGCACAGCCUACCUUUUAUACCUUAUAUGUGUAUUUGCCGAUAAUUUAUAUUAAUAUAAAAUUAAUAACUUGAUCUAUACGAAUAGAUGGACAUACUUUGUAUGAUUGGUAGUUCACUGUUGUAGUUGAAAAGUUGGGUAGGUAGAAAAUAGAGAGGAAUUUAAUGUAUAUCUGUACACAACAAUUAAUCUUUGCUAACGAAAAAUGAUUCUGAAUGGAAUUCAGUUAUACAUGUUUUAAAAAGUUGUAAUAUUUACGAUUUGAAAAUAAUACAUUUUCCUGUUUUUCCUAAGUUUUUUCAAAGUUUUUCUCAUUUAUUAAAAAGCUGUCUACAGAAAUAAAAAAUUAAACAUUAUUAUAGAUUUUCUAAAAAAUUUCUGUGGAUAACUUCUCUAUCAGAAAUUUUUCUCAGUUUUAGAAUGAUAAUAAUUUUUCUGAAAGGUAAUCUGACUGGAGUGUUACUUGAGUGUAUUUGGAUGCUAUUUGAUUACUUUAGCCAUGGUAAAUUGUUGGGUACAUAUAUAUAUAUAUGUAUUUAAUUUCUCCUCUACUUUCCCAACUUCUUAGCUACAACAGUGACCCGCCUAAGUGCAAAAAAUGUCAGUAUUUUUAUAUAUCAUAACAGUUAAUUUUGUUCAUCUUUGUUACCAAGGUAACAUUUAGGUACAUCAACAAAAAAAAUUUGAUUUUGUACUAAAAAUACCUUAAAACCGUAUUUUAAGGGUGAAGGAGUUAAUCGUGCUUAAUCGUGAUGAAAACGACUAUAUUUUAUGUUGGUUCAAAUUACAUAUAUGAGUAUAAUCUUAUUAAAAUUGGUUGUGUAAUUUUAGAGUGCAAUGCAUGCACACCCGUGGUACACUUAAUUUUUAUAACAGGGUGAUUUUUUUUAUCACAAAUCAGCAAUUAUCUCAGACUUUUUUAAGUUAAUUCUGUUUUUCUAAUCAUUAUAGAAUCGGUUAAGCUUUAUUUCAAAACCAUUUUUAAUUUUUUACCCCUACUCCAUAUACCUUAAAUAAGUAGGAAAUUUAUUACCCUUUCCUAUUCCUCUGGUUUAAACUUUAAACUGUUAUAACUCAUAAACAUUAAAUCAGAUAUUAGUGUUAUGCAUAUUAAAAUUUCUAGAAAAAUAUUCUUUAUUUAAAUCUGUUCAAAAGUUAAAAAAUAAAAAGUAUGUACUUAUUUAAGGUAUAUGGACUAGGUGUGAAAAAUUAAAAUGGUUUUAAAUUAAAGCCUCAAUGAUUUCAUAGUGAUUAGAAAAAACAGAAAUCAAAUUCACUUAAAAUCCUCUGAGAUAAUUGCUAGUUCAUGAUAAAAGAAAUCACUGUAUAUAAAUUUAUACAAAAUGACUUAUUGUUUACAAUCGUUCUAUUUAUACAACAUAAUAUAUUAUAUUAUAUUUAAAUUGUAUACAUAUGUUCAAUAUUUAUGUAUUGGUAUAUGUAGAACGCAUAUUUUUGUUUUCAAAAAAAAUGAAUUAAUUGCAUAAAAUAUAUUCUAUAUAUAUUCAUGUGUUAUUGUUCUCUUUAGAAAUCAAAGAUACGGUGAAUUUUAUUAGUUCCCUUUUUCAACAGGGGCUUGUGCAGCAUCGAGUGAACCCAACCGAAUCUAGAAUAUUUUGGGCUGGACUAUGGUCAGUUACUGCAGUUUGGGUGUUGUUCUUUAUCAUUUGUUUUUUUAGUAUAAAUUUCAAAUGGCUGGUAAGCAGACUGUGUAUUGGUUUGUUUAGUUAAAAUAUAAUCUAUAACGUGUUUUUUAUUUUGAUUUUGUAGUUAUUGGUUAGCAUAGCGCUGACAUUGAACAUUGCAAAUUUAUAUGGAUAUAUUAAAUGCAAAGGUGGAAACCAAAACUCCACCGGGAUUUCAACUAUGGCAAGCAGUUUCUUAUUUCAAAACAUUGGAAAAGUAAGUACAUGUGUAAUUAACAAUCUAAUAAUCAAUGAUAAAUUCUUAUUUUGUAUAUCCUAUAAUCUAGAAUGUAGUGUUUUCAAACACUGUUUGUUAUUAAAACAAAUUUACUAAAAAUUUUAAUAUUUAUUAUUAAAAGAUACUAUUAUUUAAUUAAUAGUUUAAUCUCCCAAACUUUUAAAACUUUUCUGAUGGAAUGAAUAUUUAAUUUAGUUACCCAAUUAUAUUUUGUUAUAUUAAAAAUAUUGAAUUUUAUAAUAAAAUUUGCCUAUUUAAUAACAUCCAUGCACACUUUAUGUUUAUUCUUACUCAAAAACUGUUGAAUUUCAGGUAAGAGAAACCAUGUCAAGUUUAAAUAAUUCUCCAACCAGCCCAAUCAUGAAGCCAACUGGUAUUGUUUAAUGAUAAAAAAUAUAAGAUAUUGUUAUUUUUAAGAUAAUGGCUGAAUGUUAAUAAUUAUUCUUUUGUGUGUAUCUUUACUUUUAAAACUUAUGUAUUAUGCGUUAAUAAAUUAUCAAAUCUAAAAAUGCAUUUGUAUCACACGAUAAUAUGAUAAAAUUACUAUACCCAAACAUAGAAAUUUCAUUAUUAAUAUACAUAAUAAUAUAAAUGUUAUAUGAUGAAGCACGUACAAUAGUGAUUGGGGGGGAGUGAAUUUAGUUGUUCAAACUAUUCCAAAAUUGCAAAAACUUAUUAUAUACUAGUUCUAUAUUUAAAAAUGUUUAAUUGUUUUAUUUUGGAAUCUCCCAGAAAUGUUAUUCCUUGCGUGUAGGUAAAGUUUUUGGAUUAAAC